CUUGCAUAAAGGCCACAUAGAUUAUUAACUCUAUUCACUUUGAAACUUGGAGCGGACCUACCUGGACGGUCACGACAGAAUGCCAUCCAACAAGCGGAAGGUCGUUUACUUCUUUCUUUUAGCCGCCACAGUUUCAAUCAUCGCAGGUGCUUCAGCCAAUCCCGUCAGUUUGGAAAACGCAGAAUCAUCGCUCAAUCAAGACUUGAAGUCUCAAGAUGAACACCAAAAUGAAGCUAACAAUCGUUCGACAAGAUGCUUCAGGUCGCCUUGCCCAAGGUACGGAUCGAAUCCUUAUGGAUGGAGAUUUGGAACACCCAACGAAUCAUCUGCUGACGAAGAACGACAAAAACGUGACGAAAACAAUUUGUGGUACAGAGCCGGGAUGAAGACCAAACAAUUUUUUAACAAGUUAAAAAAUAAAAUAGGUUGAUCAACAUGCGUAAUAAUAAUAUUGCUGCCUUUUCCAUGUUGUAUAACUUUUCGACUGCAUUAAUCUGAAUAUCUGUUGAAUACAAGUUUAAUUCUAAUCUUA